AUGGCCUCUCCUAACUUCAACUUCCCUUAUUUCUCUCCACCACCCCACCAUCCAAUCACUCCGCCUCCACCACCUCCCCAUGUACCUCCACCGCCGACUCCAAUUCCUCCAUCACCAAAUAACCAUACGGUUAUAAUCAUCGUGUUUAUAUCAUGUGGCGGCGUGUUCCUCCUCACAUUCCUUGCGGCCACUCUCUUUUGUUUCCUCAAGAAAAAGGAGGUUCAAAAGGCUGACGCGGUACAUAUGGAUGAACAAAUGAAAAUCAAGGAGGCAAUUGUUGAAGGUCCCCAUGGAACUAGCUCAGUUUUACUAGAGAUUGAAGAUGAUAUUCAUAUCGAUGAAGAGAUUGCAAAGACUCAAAGAAUUGGAAACGGAUCCAAUCUCCACUCUUCUGAGCAAAUUCAUCAUAAAGAUAUCGAAGCAGGAGGUGAAACUUCAAGUUCUCAUCAUCAACUAGAACACAAGGCCUAG